CGCUGACUCAAUGACUGACGGCGGAGGCCGGUAUUCCCUGCUGCAGCUUGGGCGGAGCUUCUGGCGUCGGGUCUUAGGACGUCGUUUGGAAGUGGCCGGUAUGUCCUUACUGGCCUUUCUGGCUGGAGCACUGGGCAUUGGCCGCUUCUUAGAAAAAGGUCUUCAAGACCGAGCAAAGGACCGCGAGGAGAAUGGGACCCACCUCUACGCUUUUGUAUGAGCCGUGACCCCCUCUCGAGCGGGUUGUCAGCCGAGCACUCUCCGAGCUCGUUCCCAGCUUUCGGUCUCCGCAGGUCCCAGAGGCGGCUCCCGGGGCCUUGUGCUCACCCCACACCGCGGACACUCAGGUCCCAGGUGCCCCCGCCCAGGGCUGGCCUGAGGAGUCGGCUGAGCCCGCUGGACCGGCUUUCGUCGCCGCCUCUCGUCGUCCCACUCUGCCCACUGGGCCCCAUGGCGGCCCCGGAGCUGGCAUUGGUAUCAUUUGAAGAUGUGGCUGUAACCUUCACUGGGGAGGAAUGGAGACAUCUGGACCUGGCCCAGAGGACCUUAUACCAGGAGGUGAUGCUGGAGACUUGUGGCCUCCUGGUCUCACUGGGGCAUCCUGUUCCCAAACCAGAGCUGAUUCACCUACUGGAGCAUGGGCAAGAACUAAGGACAGUGAAGAGAGGCCUCUCUAGAAGCACCUGUACAGGUGAAAAAGCAAAACCUGAGAUCACAGAGCUUACUGCUUCUCACCUGGUCCUCACUGAGGGAGCCCCUUUUGAGGAACGAGUGACACAUGGAGCCUCAAGGCAUUCCAGGCUGGAGCAAGCAAGGGAUCAGGAAGAACUGUCAGAAAUGCAGGAAGGGAACUUGAGGCCAGGAACAGACAUCCACAAGGAGACAUGCCCUAGGAAGUUGAGCCAUAAACAUGAUGACUUUGAGACACAUGAUAGUCUUUAUUUAAGGGUUUUACAGGAGCGAGUCACUACACGAGAUGCUCUGCAUGAACGUGAUUCCCAAGAACCAGGAGGAGACCCUGUUACUGAUGCAAGGAAUAAUCUCUACAGAUGCAAGGAAUGUGGAAAAGGUUUUAGCAAGAAUUGGGCCCUUGUUCGGCAUCAACAGAUUCAUGCUGGAGUGAAGCCUUAUGAAUGCAGUGAAUGUGGGAAAGCCUGUCGUUAUAUGGCAGACUUCAUUCGACAUAUGAGGUUUCAUACUGGGGAAAAGCCAUACAAGUGUAUUGAGUGUGGGAAGGCCUUCAAACGCAGGUCUCACCUCACAGAGCACCAGCGUAUUCACACUGGAGACAAGCCCUAUGAGUGCAAAGAAUGUGGUAAAGCUUUCACCCACCGCUCCUCUUUCAUCCAGCAUAAUAUGACUCACACUAGAGAAAAGCCCUUUUUGUGCAAAGAAUGUGGGAAAGCUUUUUACUACAGCUCUUCCUUUGCUCAACACAUGAGGAUUCACACUGGAAAGAAACUUUACAAGUGCAGUGAAUGUGGAAAUGCCUUUACUCACCGCUCCACUUUUAUCCAGCAUAAUAUGACCCACACAGGAGAAAAACCCUUUUUGUGCAAAGAAUGUGGAAAAGCUUUCUGUCUGAACUCAUCCUUCACUCAACACAUGAGGAUUCACACUGGAGAGAAACCCUAUGAGUGCAGCGAAUGUGGAAGGGCCUUUACUCACCGCUCCACUUUCAUUCGGCAUAAGAGGACCCAUACUGGAGAGAAGCCCUUUGAGUGCAAAGAAUGUGGGAAAGCUUUUUGUGACAGCUCUUCCUUAAUUCAACACAUGAGGAUUCACACUGGUGAGAGGCCCUAUGAGUGCAGUGAAUGUGGAAAGGCCUUUACACACCAUUCUGUUUUUAUCCGACAUAAUAGGACCCAUAGUGGAGAAAAACCCUUGGAAUGUAAAGAAUGUGCAAAAGCAUUUUACUAUAGCUCUUCCUUUACUCGCCACAUGAGGAUUCACACUGGAGAAAAGCCUUAUGUAUGCAGAGAAUGUGGAAAGGCCUUUACCCAACCUGCAAAUUUUGUUCGGCAUAAUAGGAUCCACACUGGAGAAAAACCCUAUGAGUGCAAAGAAUGUGAAAAGGCCUUUUGUGACAACUUUGCCUUAACUCAACACAUGAGAACUCACACUGGAGAGAAACCCUUUGAAUGUGGUGAAUGUGGGAAGGCCUUCAGCCAUAGUUCAUCCUUCAUUCACCAUCGAAAGAUUCACACCAGAGUUUAAAAGAUGUAACAAGGCCUUUUGCAAAUGUGUUCACUUCAGUCAAUUUUAGUGAACUUAUACUGGUGAAAUACCUUUCCUUUUAAGUAUAACUAUUCAGGGAAGUCUUUUGCCCAGAGAAAUAUCUUACUCAGCAUCUGAAGAGAAACAUCAUAAUUUUCAUCUCUGUGAAAGCUUUCUGUGGCAGGUCAUCUAGAAAU